GUAAAGGGGAGGGGAGAGGAGGAAUGAGGAAUCAUCUGGAGUGAAAAUUACGCAACUCGUUCUCGCAGACCGGCGAAUUUCUCCAUCACAAACAACGACCCGGAGGACUAAUUUUUGGCAUACUUCGAGUGAUUACGGCUGAGGUGCAAAAAUGCUGCGAAUAUCAUCUCUAAGUGCCAGUAGACUACACGACCUUAGAAAAUUUUCCAAUGUCAUCAGGAGAGGCAAAUCAACCUCAAAUAAGGUUGAGUUGACACAAGUUCGGUACCCUAAAUUAAAGAGAGGAGGAUUUGCCACCCUCAAUGACAGGCAUCUGACAACCUUCAAAAACAUUUUGCCUGGAAGGGUUCUGACCUCUGAAACGGACGACCUGGAGCUCUUCAAUACAGACUGGCUGCGAACAGUCCGAGGCAACAGCUCAGUGGUCUUGAGACCUAAGACGACGGAGGAGAUUUCCGAAAUAUUAAAGUUUUGCAAUCAAGAAAAACUGGCCGUGUGUCCUCAGGGUGGAAACACAGGCCUCGUUGGCGGAAGCGUGCCCGUGUUUGACGAGGUCAUCCUUAGCACUUCUCUGAUGAAAAAGAUUGACCUCAUCGACACCGAUUCAGGCGUAGUUGUUUGUGAGGCUGGUUGCAUCCUUGAAGAUCUUGACAAUGCUCUUAAGGAUAAAGGACUGAUGAUGCCUCUUGACCUGGGGGCCAAGGGCAGUUGUCAGAUUGGCGGGAAUAUCUCUACAAAUGCUGGAGGUCUUCGGCUUUUGCGCUACGGCAGCAUGCAUGCCAACACUUUGGGGCUAAUUGCUGUCAAAGCUGAUGGCACUAUAGUGGACUCUCUCAGCUGCUUAAAAAAAGACAACACUGGAUAUGCCUUGCACCAUUUGUUCAUCGGAUCCGAGGGCACUUUGGGAGUUGUCACAAAAGUGGCCAUCCAGUGCCCACCAGCGCCUAAAGCUGUCUCGCUAAUGUUUCUAGGUCUUAAAGACUUUGAAUCUGUUUUGAAAACAACGCAGAAGGCCAAACACCUACUUGGUGAAAUUCUGUCCUCUUGUGAAUUGAUGGACCUUGAGUGCGCUGAUGCAGUGGAGGAAAAUAUGAAAAUCAAACUUCCACUUGAAAAAAUGCCCUUUUACGUCAUCUUGGAGUCGUCUGGCAGCAACUCGGCCCACGACGAGGAAAAGCUCAAUACUUUUUUGGAGGUUGUGAUGGGCGAAGGCCUUGUCAUCGAUGGAACAGUGAUCACGGAGCCAUCCAGAAUUAAGUCUGUUUGGCACAUCAGAGAAUGCAUUGCUGAGGCACUUUUGAGAGAUGGAUACGUUUACAAAUAUGACAUAACUUUGCCUGCUCGAAAUUUCUACGAUCUUGUGCCUUUUUUCAAUGACAAAGUCAAAGAAGCUGGUGCAAUUCGUUGUUGCGGUUUUGGUCACUUAGGGGAUGGAAACGUUCAUUUUAACGUAACUUCUUCCGAGUUUUCCUACAACCUCUUGGGCUUGAUUGAACCGUUGAUUUAUGAGUGGACCUCUAAGCACAGGGGCAGUGUCAGUGCCGAGCAUGGCAUUGGGCUGAAGAAAAAGGAGUUUUUGAAGUAUUCCAAGAGUGAGGCUGCUAUCGAAGUAAUGCGAGGUAUUAAAAGUGUUUUGGAUCCGAAUGGAAUUCUUAACCCUUAUAAAGUGCUGCCUUCCAUAGCUGAGUAGAAUAUAUUAAUAAGUUACAAGGUCUUGUGAUAUAUUUUUUUAAAUUAAUUAAGUGGGUGCCAUUGUGAUGAAAAAAAAAACUUACAUACCAAUAAUUGUGAAAUUCUAUGCAACAAUAAGUUUUUAUACUAAUAAUUGAAAAAUAUAACAUAAAUAUAUUUGUAUUGCAUGACUACUCGUGGUGGAAUAGGUCCGUCGUGUUGCGGCUUAUAUGUUAGAGGGGGAUAUUUGAACUUAAUUGAAAAUGCUGCAUAAUAUGUGAAACCAAUCCAAUUCUUCUCAUUGCAGAAUUGGGAUAUUGGUGGAUCAGGUGGAUUAUAUUGUCUAUUGUCUGCAAAAUUGCUGUUGGUAAAAUUUCCAAUGGUUGCACAAUAAAUUUUGCAUGAUAUAUUAUUGGAA